UGGCUCUACUUCAAAUUUAAGUCAUCAUCUUAAGAAUCAUAAAAAUAAAAUUGAUGUUAAUGUAAAUAAACAAGCAAUGAUGUUGGACAGAUUUCUUAAAAGUGGCAGUAACAGUGAACAUAUUGUGUGUACUGUAUAUAUUUAA